GCAUUGAGUGGGUGGGGCUAUGACAUCACGACGAGCUGCCGGCUCCAGCGUUCGAAACAGUUUGUCCCAAACGUUGAGCGGCGGAGUACCCCUUUAAGUAUAUGAUCAAUGGCUAUUCAACUAAACUACAAAAAUAGGUGUCCCUUGUCCCUCCGAGAAAAUGGAGCAGCUGUCUAUAAUCUCCGCUGUCACCUUCAUCACUCUCUCUAUGGUACUUCCAAAGAAAGACAAGUGCAGCACUCGGCUAACGUCAGAAAUCUUAUACGUAUCAUACAUCAUGAUGUUCCAUUCACUCUUAGGACAAGGGCCUACCGUUGUCAUGAUGGGUUGGAGCACACUGAGAGUUGUAGUUUUUUGCAACAGCUUGAGGUCCACAGUUUGGGGACCACAGGUCUAGGGUCUAGUAGUUAUAAAAGAAGAGCCCCUAAAGGUAAAUGCAAGUCGUCUAUAACUCCCUAGCUGUGUUGGCGCUAGAAGAUCCAGCACACUCUAGCGAGGAUCCGUGAUUCCCUAGGUCUAGUAGAUAUGAACGGCGGACCGGGGCUAGACUGUUUCCUGAUGAAAUGAAGACCAUAUUUGGCAUCACCUCUCUACUUCACACUCGUUUUCCAGUAUGGCGGCUGCACCGGAACGCUGCAAGUUUAGCUUCUAUCCAGGAAGUGAUGAAGCUGCAGGAGAAAAGACGUGGCAGCAUUGUCUUCCCUGUGAAGGACAUGGAGAAGCUGCUGAGCUCCGACGUUGACAAGACCAACUUUAGACUCUUCGAUCCCACCUUAGAGGAAAUAGCUGAGGCCGAAAGGUUGUUUAGGCCGGCCGGAAAACACGUGAUCGAUUACUUCACAUCGGCCGUCAGGUUGGAUCAUGCACCGGAGCUGCAGCAACCAGAGGUCUGCUUCAUAGGGAGGAGUAAUGUGGGGAAAUCAUCUCUCAUCAAGGCCCUGUUUGCUUUGGUUCCAGGAAUUGAAGUGAGAAUCUCCAAAACUCCAGGCCACACCAAAAAAAUGAACUUUUUCAAAGUUGGCAAGGCCUUCACCUUGGUAGACAUGCCGGGCUACGGCUAUAAAGCCCCCGAGGACUUUAUGGAAAUGGUGGAAGGCUACGUCCAGGAGAGACGCAACCUGAAAAGGACGUUUUUGCUAGUGGACGGGUCAAUCGGCAUUCAGAAAGCAGAUUUAAUUGCGGUGGAGAUGUGCGAAGAGUCCGGAAUCCCUUAUGUAAUAGUAAUGACAAAGAUGGACAGAUCCCGGCCCGCUGUCUUGCUCACUCAGUUUGUGCAGAUUCAGGACUUCAUCAAGUCUCAGACACUGGGCUGCUUCCCCCAGCCCUUCGUAGUCAGCUCUUUACAUUUCUCAGGGAUUCACCUGCUCCGAUGUUUCAUCGCACAAGUUACAGGAAAUCUUCCAGGAAUCAGAUGAGGAGUGAUCAGUAACCCAGAUGUAACCUGUAACUGCAGGGUAACAUCUGUCAGUACUGUAUAAGGCAGUGUUUUUCAACCAGAAUGCCUCCAGCUGUUGCAAAACUGCAACUCCCAGCAUGCCCGGACAGGGCAUGCUGGGAGUUGUAGUUUUGCAACAGCUGGAGGCACCCUGGUUGGGAAACACUGCAUAAGGUCACGUUCAAGUAUUGCUAUAGUUUCUGCUGGUAGUUAACGUUGUUGGGCAACCGAAACUGGAUCUCAGUAAAAAGAUUGUGAUAAAACUAUUAUACUGCGAGAUUUAUAACCCAAUUAAAAAUAAAUAAAUAAAUUCAAUUAUAUAAAUAUAAUUUACCUGAUGCCACUAAACAUGGACUUAGCUACUCUGUGAACUCAAAGAAUUUUCGCCACUCUUUUAACGUAAAAUGUAUUCUAUCGUCAAUUAAAUAGUUUUGUUUUAUUUGUGUAUUUUCUUUUUUAAUCACAAAAGCUUGUACAUUCUUAAUUUUUCACAUUAAUUAUAAAA